AUUUAUUCUAUUUACUGUUUUUCGUCUUAUCCGCAACCGUUUAAUUUUUCCCUUAUUCCCCUUCCCCCUCUCCCUACAAUUUAAACAAGUUUGAUUAGCUCCUUGUAAACAGAAGACAUAAAUGUUUAAUAUUCCAGUGAAUCGUAGAUAAUAGCAUUUUUUUACUUUUCAUAUAAUUAUUUAGUUUCUCGAAUUAUGAACGUUAAUUUUAGCUAGUUGAUGUGGUAAAAGAAUGUCAAAUUGAAAAUAGAACUUUCCUAGUGAAGGUUAAUCCACCUACGCCAUCUGUGUUAGUUUUUCGCGGACCGUUAUAUUUUGAAAAUUUUUGUGUUAUAAUCGGAUCGUGGAUAGUUAUUGUAAUGUUGAUUUUUUUUCGGUAAAAUUAAUAGCAUGUUUCAUGUUUAUUACAUAUUGAAAGUUAAAAACAUGGAGUGUAGACGUGGAGCCGAACAGGUUUUAUUCUUUAAGAUGAAGCAUGGAUUCUUACGUUCUUAACUGAAAAUAGAAAGAUUGGAGUGCCAUCUUGGUUAUAGAGGAAGCUGAGGAAGAUAAAAGUCCGUGUCAUCGUCGUGGACUUAAAAGCCGCAUAAGUGGUUUCGUGGAGUAGCGAUUAUAGUCGUCGUGCUUCAGUAAUUCGUGUUCAACUCGCUGUUCGCUUUGGACUUGGAUUUAAUCCUCCUGACUGUCCAGCAGGUCGUGCCGGAUCUAUCAUGCGAGAAUCGAGUUCAACUGAAAUACUCUAGUGAAAGAGUGAGAAAAAAAGAAAAGAAGAAUGUAAAUGUGCGUAUAAAAAAAAACAAAAAUGUGUAUAAAUAUUUUCAUUCGGAAGUGAAUAUUGUGUUUAAAAGUGAAAAACCGCGUAAAUAUAGUAUAUAUAUAUAUAUUGGUAAUAAAUAAAUACGCAGUCCACAUGGUGAAUGGAAAGUCAGAGGAUCACGCCAGUGAUGCAGUGGUGUCGUGUUUGUGUUAAGUGCCCCGUGCUCAUUGUUUGGAUUACCUAAAGAGAUGUCUUCCUCCGUGGGAUACUAUGACGAUAGAAAUCCCCUCCUUAAGGGCACUUUAUCCAGUGUGGAAAGGGACCGACUUCGAGAGCGGGAACGACAAGCCCGCGCAGCGAUGUCGGUCCAGGCGGAGCAGGCAGCAGCUGGAGGUGCUCCUGACGCUCGGCACGGUCAUCACAAUCAUGGACAUCAUGCCGAUUCGCACGCUGCUACCGCUUCCCUCUUUCGUGCUCCUGUUAAGGUGAAUCCCGAUGCUCAAGAUCGAACGACACAACAGAUCCAGUCGAAAUUGGGUAACUAUUCGGUGGUGAGGCACCUGCUCGAGGAUCCAAAGAGGCUGAUUGGAAUCGAUGGGGUGCCAGCGAGUCCAGCACCGGCUCAUUCAUCGAGGCUCGCCAGCAGCUCUGGUUCGAGUUCAAGAAGCUCGCCAUCGUCACAGGAGUUUAAAAAACCUGGGGGGCCCAGGUCAAGUUCAUCUUCGAAUUCAUCAUCGUCAUCAUCAUCAUCAUCGAGUCACGCCUCGGCGCAACGUGGUGGUUUCGUUAAACCUGCCGAUGGGAAACCACCCUACGGUGGUCGUGGUGGUUAUCCAGGACAACCAGUGAAGCAUGGUGGCAAUAGUAAUGAUCAUCGUAGUCAUGGUUUACUUCCGGCAAAGGGUCCUCCACCUCCUUCAAACUCAUCAGGAAGCGGUAAUUCAAACGUUGGCAGUAGUAUUGCCAAUAGCAAUAACAACAGCAGCAGUAAUAGUAGCAACAGCAGCAGCAGCAGUAGCAACAGUAAUCGACUUCAUAACGCCGGUAGCCGUCUGCCGAGAAUUAACCUCGAUAAUGGCAUCAAUUCGAGGCAGACUCUCGAGGAAAAUACACCAGAUGUUGAGGACAUUUUAAAGGAAAUGACGUCAGCCGCAACACCAUUGACAGCCAUACCUCAAACACCAAGAAAGGAAAUUGAGUCGAAAUACACAUUCAACACGAGUCUGGUUGAAAAUCCACCACCAACAAAGCCUCAACGUGAGAGACACGCUACCAGCAGACUUUCCACGAACUUGGAACGCGACUUGAGUCUUUCCGAUGAUAGCGAAGAUGAAGUGGAUAAGAAUCCACCGUCGAGACCAAUACCAGAUAUUUCAGUCGAUUUAACGGCACCUCUACUUCCGGCGAUGGCAUCAGCGGCUGGACCACCCUUACCGCCAAUGUCACCAAUGGGAAUGUCGCCAAUUGGUCCUAUGUCGUCGCCAAGGCCUCUAAGUCCACCGGCAGCAUCGCCUCUAAUAAAGCAACCGAUGCCGACUCCUCCAAGAAUGUUGUCGCCAACAAUUUCAAGUCCAGUGAAUAAUAAACGAUCGCCAAAUCCUCCGGCUAACCAAAGACCUCCAAGUCCACCUGGACAAGCGCCACCAAGUUCCGGUAGCGCGAGUUCCAGUUCAGAUUCCGGUUCGGAUUCCUGUUCAGAUAGUAGCGACGAUUCGGAAGAUGAAGUCACCCAACCACCAGUCAAAGGUCCAACAACACCACCCUCUGUCUCGCCACCCGCUCCCAUCGAGGAACCACCAUCCGCCGUUGAGGAAUCAAAACGACGCUGGGAUCUCAGUUCAUUUAUGAAUAAAACCGCUCUGCAAACCGGUGAUCAGAAUACCGACACCAAAACCAAACAGAAUGAUGCAUCGUCGAGACGUUCAGGAUCGCCGAGUACCCAACCUGAAUCGAGAACAUCGCGUCGUGAAACAAAUCGAAAUGGCGCUCACGAUUGGCAAUUGGAUGAGGCGUUAAAAAGAACACGAAAUUCAACAAUGAUGAGUGUAUUGAGCGACAGUGAACAACAAUCGGACACUGAGAAACCAACGCAAGUAAAAGAGGAGCCUGAGAAACCAAAACCGCCCGAUGUAAGAAAACGUGGUAGACCGAGAAAAUCGGUAAAAAGUCCAAAAGCAAAUAAUCAUCGUGCAUCAGAUGAGAAUUUAAAGAAUGUCACGACAAAACGUAGCCGACCACGUGCUGGUUCAUCGAGUGUCAAUAAUAGUAUGAAUAAGAAAAAGGUGCCUACCUCAAAGCCAACAUUGACAACGAGUGACGAUGCAAGUGAUGCAAGAUCACCGGCAGCAUCAAGUGAUUCAGAAUCUGAUCGUCCAACAACGGCAAAAAUUCCCGUUAAACGUAGACCAAGAUUAAGUGUCUCAUCAAAUGAUGAUGAUGAUGAUAAUGCAUCGGAGAAAAAUAGUGGAACCGACGACGAUGAUGAUGAUGAUAAUUCACGAUGGAGGCGAGUUUCAAUGAAACGUAAUAAAAUUCCCGAAUCGCCGAAAAAAUCACAAGAUAAAAAGAAAAGUCCCAUUAAAAAUAAUUCCAGAAGAUCGAGAUCAAGAGUUACUAAUAAUUCCGGUUAUCAUUCCGAAACGGAUAGUGAUUCAGAAUUUACAAAUAGCGAUGCUGUGAGGAAUAAUCGAAUUCAGGUUGCUCGAGUACCUCCACGACCAAGAGCACCGUUAACGAGGACAACAUCGCCGGACAAUUCGGACAGUGACAAUAGUCCAGCAUCGGGAAAAUUACAAGAGGAAGACGGUGGCAAUGUUCAGGAUAAAAAGAAGAGUGACACUUUAAGAAAAUUAUUCUCAUCGGCAAAAGGCGGUGGCAAAGGUGGUGGUAAAGGUGGAAAGGGCGGUAAAGGCGGUGGCAAAUGUGGAAUAUACGUUGAGGAAUAUACAUCAGCAAAUACGCCAACAGGUGGAGAAAGUCCAUGUAAAAGGUUAACAUCACAAAGUUCAACAACAAUUCCCAUACCUCCAAUUAGUUUUGUUAAUGGUCUACCAAGUGUAUUGUGUCGGCUUGAUUUAAGUCGAAUUUCUCAUAUACCACAAAUAUCACGCGGUAAAGAACUUAGACAACGUACUGAGCUUCCUGAUACGAGGCCGUCUUCCAGACAAAAUUCCUCGUCAAUUCAUAAUCAUAAUCAUCAAAGAUCGUCAUCGAAUAAUAGACAGGAGGAAGGUGAAAUUGUUGAAAUGUCAACAUCACAACAACGUCGUGGCGAUGUGGACACAAAAAAUAUUGUGAUUAAAACUGAAUUGGAAAUGAAACCAUGUUCUGUAAAUAUUAUUAAUAUGUGUAAAGGUGAUGGUGAUAGUGCCGGUAUAAUGAACACAUCAGGUAGUUCUGGUUCGGGUUUAAGUGGUGCUUUUAGCGGCAAUGCACCCAAGCGGAAACGCAAUUUGAGUUGUAGCUCGGUUUCAAGUUUGAGCACCGUGUGCUCGGUUGAUGUCAAAGUCAAGGACGAGGCCAAGGAGAAGAAAAAGAAGAGAAAACGAAAGCACUUGGAGUCUGAUAUCGUUGCUUCCAGACCAUCCGCUAAUCAGCAUAUUGACGUUCAACCAACUAAUCACGAGCGGGAAGAAAAACCAGAUUUGGAUGAAUUACCACCACCUGAAACGAAACGUCUCUAUUUCUCCUAUUUCGAUCCUCCGGUUCAUGUUAAGGAAGACGACGAGAGGGACCAGAAUCAGUACCUGACAGAAGCGAAACGGCUAAAACAUAGUGCUGAUGUUGAAAGCGACACCAUGGCUCAGGGUAUGAUGUAUAUUGAAGCAGUUAUGUACUUCGUUCUUACUGGCUGUACCAUGGAGAAUGAUCCUGUAACCGAAAGAUCAUCUUUCACCAUGUAUAGAGAUACUCUCAGUCUUAUUAAAUUCAUUUCCUCAAAGUUUAAGACGCAACAUGCAUCAGAAAGCAGCAUUAAUACCAAACUAAUUGUCUUAAGUCUAUGGUGCCAGUCUCUUAUCUACAUGAAGCUCUAUCAAAUGAGGAAAGUGGAAGUCAGAGAGCAUCAAAAGGUCCUCACUGAUUAUUACCAAAAGAAUCCAUCAACGCCGAUUCAACCUGAAGGUCAGGGUACGCCAUCAUUGUCGCCAACACCGUCACCAGCUGGUUCGGUGGGAUCAGUUGGAAGUCAAAGUUCAGGAUACAGUAGCGGUGAAUUGGCUCACAGAUGUGCCAAUGGACAACAACUUCAGGCUGCUUCCUACGUUAGUGUUCCUCUUGGAGUUUAUAAUGCUUUUUCCAGUCAAAAUUAUCAUUUUGGUUUACUUAUGAGUGGCCACGAUCUUUGGGACCAGGCGAAUGCUUUAGUGACUGGAGAACACAAAAAAUUUUUUAUUGAGCUGGAUGGGAAAAUAGGUCCUCUAACAUUGAAAAGUUCACUGCGAGAUCUUGUGAAUUAUGUGUUAGAAGGGAUCAAUAAAAUGCGAGCCCUUUGACCUCAGUGGCACAGCCCCCGACCACCAACUCCAAAUUACAUCACAGCUCUCCCUCCUAAUAUGGCAACGUAUUCAAGUCUGUUUACGUAAACACGACAAAAUAGACUCUUAAAAAAAAACUUGUUGAGCUAAAAAAAACAAACACUAGUGUUUUACGAUUCAGUUUAUUUUUUUUUUCGUUCGUCGAGCACAACAGACGUUUAUAUAUACAUAUACACAAAAAAAGGUGCUUGAGGUAUUUUAAAGAAACGGGGAUUCUUUUUUUUAUGUUUCUCGCGAGGAACACGUCUCCUGGAGGGAUAACAACGUUCAGGUUCUCGGGGCUCUGGGAAACAUAAUCAACCAAUCAUCAACAAGUGUUACACACCUCGUGAUACUGAGCGAAUUUUUUUUUUCAAUUUUACUUCAAAGACUGCUAAAUUAUUCCUGUCGAAUAACCAUAUCGAGAAAUUGAGAUAACAAUGGUGGUUGACAAAAUUGCCUUUCAAAAAAUAAAUAAAUUGACAAACGUCUACAAAUGACGUUAAUAUCAAUAAUUUUGUCACUAGAGUAUCGUUUUGUAUUUAGAGAAGCAAAAUUUUGUAAUUAAACAAGUUUUAUAAAAAAAUCGUUUGUCUUCGUCGCUCACCAUUGCUCUCUGACUCGAAAUUAAAAAAAAAAAAUAACAAAGAAUUCAUGUAGAUAACUUAGUAAAAAAAAAAAAUUAUUAGUAUAUUCUUUGGCUGAGGAUCUAGAACGCGAAUAGAUGAGAAACUAUAAAUGUUUAUUUUUUUCUUUCCGAGGUGUCUUGCUUUUUUGUAAAAUGUGAGUAGAUACAAUAAAAAAAAAUGUGAACAGGAGAACAAACAAGUGCCACAGGAGCGUGCGCUCUCGCUCCUCAUCGCGGGGAGUCUGCAGGUUACCUGAAGCAUAAUAUAUGUCGUUAAGUGAUCCAAAUCCAAGAAUACACGAUGAUAUAGUUUAUUACGUAUAUAAAGUGAUUAUAUACAUAACGAGAAAUUCUACAUAUAUAUAUAUAUAUAUAUAUACAUAUUAUAUAUAAAAAUAUAAACAUAUAAACAAUGUGCACGUGAAAAAAGAAAAUCAGUGCGCGCUUGCGCGUCCGUUCGCCGAAGGAUUUUGCUCGAAUCCAUUAUUCUAAAGUCGCAAUUCCAUCGGUUUACUGACGCGACUCAUGUUUAGAGUUCUCAAUUUAAAAAAAAAUUACGUCGACAUGAAAUAUUCGAUUUCUUUUUUUUCCAUUGUUCUUGAUAUUUUUCUUUAUUACUAUUUUCAUUAUUCUUUCGUUUUUUUAAAUUCCGCUAUUUUUUUUCUAAUUCGAUUAUUAUUUUCUAUAAUUGAAAAUUCAGUUGAAAUUGUAAUUUAAUUUUCUUCUAACAAUUUUGGAGAUUUUUCCAACUGAAUUCUUGAAUAUUGAUCGAGUUUAAAAUUCGAGGAAAAAGAAAAGUUGAAAGGAAUUUAAAUAGAAAAUUACCAUCGUACGAUAAUGUAUGAUUUUAUCUUUUUUUUUUCUAACUCUUAGGCAAUUUUAAAUAUCUUUCUUUGGAAUCUCAAUUUUUGCCAAAUAAUUGGUUGAAAUAAUUUCAAGAAAGUAAAAAAAAGUAAAAUGUAGAAUAGAAAAUUAAUUUCAAAUUUCAAAUUUUUGUUAAAAUUAGUAAAUAAAAUUGUAAAUGAUAUAAUUUAGUGAUAAAUUUUUUGUGCAAAUUUUUGAAAAAAAAAACAUUCGAAAAUACGUGACACGUAAUUUUGGAACUCUAUUCAUGCAAUGUGUAGAUAAUCGAGAUUAGUAAAAUAAAUUGAGUACGCAACAAUCGACGCAAGUAAAACAAAUUUCAUAUACUACAAUUAUUAUUUACAUUACUUAGACUGUAAUGGGGAAAAAUAGUGGUAAUAGAGAAAAAAAAAAAGCUUUUAAGCAAGUACGUGCAUAUACGAAAAAAAAAAAACAUACAUUAUAAAAAGCGUAAAUGAGUGAAGAAUCGAGCGCAUAUACAUAUAUACAUAAUAUAUAAGUAAGUUGCUCAUGUGUAUAUUUUUGUAAAUAGGUAUAUUAUGAGUGCCGCCGCCUUGAGGGUAGCCUAACUGCUUUUUCCGUCGAGCCAGUUGGCUAGCCCGCCCCAAUUUUUGCUACGUUUUGCGAGAAUAUUUUUGAUCAGAUUAUCUUUCUAGUUUUUAAUCGAUCACAAAAAAAAAAGAAGAAAAGAAAAGAAAGAAAAUCCAUGAAAAUUCUCAAAAAUUUUAUUUUUCUGCUUACAAAUAAUAAAAUUAAGCGUCUUGUAAUUUUUCAUUUUUCUUAUAAUACAAAAAAAAAUUCACAAUACGCUUAAAUUUAUUCAAUUUUUUAUGCGAGUCGGCUUUUUUGAAAAAUAAAUUUUACAAAGUUUACAAUCUUUUACGAGCCUAGAGAAACUUCGAAAAGAUUUUAAUUUUUUACGCUCCAAUGCUUGCUAUAUAGUUAACUUUUUUUAAAAAAAAAAAUACAAUCGAGAUAGAAAUUUCCCACUUUAGAAAAAUUACUGUAAACACAAAAUUAAUUUCAAAUUUUUAUUCGAAAAAUUUUAACUCUAUUUUAAAAAAAUAAAAUUUAAAUUUAAAAUAAAUUGAUUUUUAAAAAUUGUUAAAUUUUAAUUUUAGGUUUUUUUAAAGAAAAUUCAAAUUUUGUGUUUGCAAUACUUAACAGUGAAAUAAUUGUUCGCGAGAUAAAAAAAAUAAGCUUUGAUUACAAUUCAAAAUGAAUGAGAGAUAGAGAGAGAGAGAGAGAGUGAGUAUGAAGAAAUAAGAUUCUAUUUGUGAGUAAAAAAAAGUAUUCGAAAAACGUAAAGAAAAGUGUCAAAAAGCAAAUUAAAAGCUAUAGCGGGCUGUAGUUUAGAAACUCAUUGCGGUCCAAUGGUUCACGGGAUACAAUUUUAUAUAUCGAGCAAAAAAAUAAAAAAUGAUGACCAAGGACGCUUGUUAAAGUUAUAAAAAAAAAUGCAAAGAGACUAGGAAAAUUUUCGAUAUUUUCAUGACAUGUAUUAAUUGUAAGAUAAAAAAAAUAUUUAUAUCAGGCCCGAUACUCAUCAGCUUCAUUUUCUCCUGACUUGUGCGAUUCUUGCUUUUGACACUUUUCUUGCAAGAUUCUCAAGAGAGAGAGAGAGAGAGAGAGAAAAGAGAGAAAAAUACUUGCACCGACAAUUCUCGGUCCACAGUGUUUCUUUAAGUUUAUGCAUAUCAAUUUUUUAAAGGGAUUUAUCGUGCCCCUUUUUUUAUCGAAAAAGAAAAAUAAAAAAAAAAAAUCUAUAAACUAUAAUUUAAAACACAUGGAAUGAAAUUUUAAAUACAAGCGUAGAUUAUUUCAAUCAGUUCGAGUUUCUUAAUUGCUUUUUUUAAAAAAAAAAAACGUAAGACAAAUUAUUUUCUAUUUUUCAAAUUUAAAUAUUUAUUUUUCAGAUAAUAUUUUCUAUUAUAUUUAUUAAUUACUAUUAAAAAAGAAAUAUUUAUAUUCUUCAUUGUUUCCGAAAAUUACAAUAGAUAAAAAAAGAAAAAAUGGAAAAUAAUUUGAUUUUCGAUUGUACGAAAAAGUGAGAACGUGAAAAAAAAGUGUGACUCUAUAAGAAAUAUCGUUACUGCAAUUUGUUUAUAAUAAAAAUUUGGUCCAUUGUAUUACGCUACUUGUACUAUAUUUAUAUAUACAUAUAAAUAUAAUAUAUACAUAUAUGUACACGCAUAUGUGUAUGUAUCCGUAUCAAGAUACUAUUUUAAUUGUAUUAUUAUUAUUAUUAUAUUAUUAUUAUAUUAUUAUUAUUAUUAUUAUUAUAUUAUUAUUAUCAUUAUUAUUAUUUUUAAUAUUAUUAUUGCAUAAUUAUGUUAUUACAAUUAUACUAUAUUGUAAUUAUUUUACUACGUUCUUGAAUACAAGAAAAACUUCAUUCUCACUCUCUUUUUUUUCAAAUAAUAGUUGGAUUCAGAAAAAAUUGUUUUAAAAAAAAAAUAUUUCACUGUGAAGAGAGCGAGGGAUGAAGGGAUUGAAUGAGCGAGAGAGAGAAAUUUAAAAUUGUAAAAAACGAGUUUACAUGGGCAGAGUUUGAAGAUUCUACAAUGAAAUAAUGACCAAGGCCUUUCAUUGAAAAUUAUACACUUUGCAACGAGAUAGUAUGAGAGAAAUAGAAAGAGAGAGAGAGUCAAAAAAAGAGCGAAGUUGGCAUCGAACCGCAACGAUGAUCCUUGAGAUUUUCGUCUUUUAACAUUUUACUGAAAAAAAAACCAGCAAUAAUGCCAUAUUUAAAUUAAAAAUUUUAUUUGUAAAUUUUUGCAAACAAAAAUGUUUUUUUUUUUUUAAAUUCAAAAAUUAUUUUUGGGAAAUACAUCUUUUUUUCAAUUUUUAAUACAGAAUUUCAUUCAUUCAUUGUAAAUAUUUAAAAAGAAAAAGAAAACAUUUUUUUAAAUCGAAGUUUGAUUUUAAUUGUUGUUCUCUGCCAUUGAAUGAAAUUGGAAAAAAAAAUUUUUAAUUCGAAAAAUCCAUCUCUUAUUUUAAAUAGAAAUCCAAAGUUUGAGUGAAAUUUUAAAUUUAUAAUUGAUAUUUAAUUAGAUCAAUAUUAAUUGUAAAGAAAGCGAAUUUAGUUUUCGAUACUUGGAAAUGCCCAAAAUUAUUUUUUGUUUGAAAAAAUAUUAAAAUAUUUCGUAAUUAAAAUUUUUUUUUUAUCCCUAUUUUUGUUUUGAUUAAAAUGCGCUCAACGCCACAAAACUCUGUAUUGUCGAAUGCGCAGUAAAGAAUGUGAAUAAAAUAAAAUAAAUGCCAGAGAAGUAUCGAGAGUGCAACGAGACGAAAUAUAGAGAAAGAGAUAUGUAAAGGGCAACCGCACCAAGGAGAGACCAAACUCGCUUAAGAUUAUAUUUACUAUGCUUUUUAUUUAUUUGACUUAUUAUUAUUAUAUUAUUAUUAUUAAAAUUAUUAUUAUUAUAUUAUUAUUAUAUUAUUAUUAUUAUUAUUAUAUUACACAAUUAAAUAAUAAUUAUUAUUAAUUAAUUAUUAUAUUUAUUGGCGUGGAGGCUGAACGAAACAGUCGAAACCACACUUUUCAUAAAUUAAAUUUGUUGACACUAAUAUUAUAAUUGUUACUUAACUAAUAUUGUUUCAGUUGUGCAAAAAAAAAAAAUCCGCAAAAAUCAUGCUUAAAAAUGAUUGUAUCCAAAUAUAGUAUUUUUUAUUUAUUUUUUUUUAACACAAUUUACUACAAAAAAUAUUUUAAUUUCAAUUUGAUCAAGAAAAUAUGAAAGUAAUUUUUUUUUUGUUAGUAUUUUGUAUUAUAUUAUUUGAAAAAAUUUCUUUUUUGGAUAUUUCAUCAAAUUCUAAUUGAAAAAAAAGAAUCAUUCGGCCUUGGUAGACUAUUUAAAUGAGAAUGCGUGUCGAUGGGCUUGGCUUGUACUUUUACUGAUAUACCUGUACUGAUUAAUUUAUAUAAUUUAUAAAUUUAUCUUACUUGUAUAGGCUCGUGCAAAAAGAAAAAAAAAAAAAUAAUAACAAUUUUACCUGGAUUAGCGAAAAUUUUCAAAAGAAUUAAAUAAUUUUUUCUAUUAGUUAUUUCGAUGAAUUUAUUUGUUAUUCCAGGUAAAAAAAAAAUUUUUCUCAGAAUUGUAUUUCCAUGAUACAAAACAAUUAUUUGAUUAAUCUCCCACACCCCCUACACCCCUCUCGCACCUCUCUGUGAGAAAUAAAGAUUUAAGUUUCUGAGGAAACUUCGCUUAGAUAACACAUGCGAUUUAAAAACAAAAAAAAAAAAAAAAUUGUAAUAUAUCGAAAAGAGAAUCAAUUACACAUUUUAUCGUCUCACUUAUAACAAAGUGAAGAUUAUUAAUAAAAAAAAAAUAAAAGAAAAAAAUAAUAAUAAAAAUGGAAGCAAAGAGAAAAAGCACAGUGACAAUAUGUAUACAUAUAUACAUUUGCGAAAUAUUUUGUGAACAGGGCUUUUUUUACCUAUUUUAUAGUAAAUCUCAUUGAGAGGCUUUGUCCAGAGAAGCAGAGAGAUAUAGAAAUACAUUUAAAUAAAAAAAAAAAAAGCAAUCUGUAACUGAACAUAUAUAAAUAUAAAUAUAAAUAUAUAUAGUUUAGAAAUGACGUUGUGGUCGACGGGGCGGUUCGAUAUUUUAUCGACCUGUACUCAAUUUUCUUCUUUUUUUUACAUUUUUGCGCCUUAGGCUGGCAUUGUCAUUAUUCUAAUUAUUAUAUUAUUGUGUAUAUGGUAUAAAUUGUAAAAAGGAACGUAU